CCGCUCCCCGCAUGGCCUUCCCGCAGCUCGGCUACCAGUACAUGCGCUCCGUCUAUGCCCCCGAGCGGCCGGCCGGGGGCGGCGGCGGGGGCACGGUGGGCACCGCGACCCCCGCGGCCCCCGGGGGCCCGGGCGGAGCGGGCGAGGGACCGGCCCCCGGGAGCCUGUCCAGCGUGCUGUCCUCCGUCUACGGGGUCGGGCCUCCCUACGCCGCCGCCGCCGCCGCCGCCGCCGCCGCCGCCGCCGCCGCCGCCGCCCAGGGCUACCGGGCCUUCCUCCCCUACGCCGCCGACCUGCCCCUCUUCCCCCAGCUGGGCUCCCAGUACGAGCUGAAGGAGAGUCCGGGGGUGCAGCACCCGGGCUCGGCGCCCGCCUUCCCGCCCCCGCCCCCGGCCUUCUACCCCUACAACCAGUACCAGUUCGGGGACCCGGCCCGGCCCAAAAACGCCACCCGCGAGAGCACGGCCACGCUGAAGGCCUGGCUGCAGGAGCACCGCAAGAACCCCUACCCCACCAAGGGCGAGAAGAUCAUGCUGGCCAUCAUCACCAAGAUGACCCUCACCCAGGUGUCCACCUGGUUCGCCAACGCGCGCCGGCGGCUGAAGAAGGAGAACAAGAUGACCUGGGCCCCGCGGAGCCGGACCGACGAAGAAGGCGACGCGUACGGCAGCGAGCGGGAGGAGGAGGAGGAGGAGGAGGACGACGACGACGACGACGACGACGACGACGACGACGACGAGGACAGACGGGACCUGGACCUGGACCUGGACGAGGAGGAGGAGGAGGCGUUGAGGAGGGUGGUGGCGGCGGGGGCGGAGGACGAAGGCCCGGCGGGCCGGGGGCGCCCCGAGGCCCCCCGGGAGGACGAGGAAGAGAUCGACUUGGAGAAGUUGGACGGGGCGGCGGGCCGGGACCCCAGGCGGGAGCGGCCGCGGGCCCGCCGGCGGGGCCCCGCCUCGGACUGCGGGACCAGCGACUCGGACGGCUCCGAGGGCUCGGAGGAAGGGCCGCCGCCCCCUCCCCCGGCCAAGGGCCCGGCCCCGGCCUCGGCCCCGGCCCCGGCCCCGGCCCCGCGGAAACCCAAGAUCUGGUCCCUGGCGGAGACGGCCACCAGCCCGGACAACCCGCGGCCGGACCCCCCGAGGGGCGCCGCGGCCGGACCCCCCUCGGGGCUGCGCCUCGCCCCGGGCCCCAGACUCCUCACCGGCCCCUUGGCCAAGUUCCCCGGCUGGCCCGCCCCCGGCCCGCCCCCGCUCGCCCUCCUCGGCUCGGCGCCCCCGGCCCCGCUGGGCCCGCCCGGCCCCGGCCCCGGCCCCGCCGCCGCCUUCGCCCGACCCGUCGAGCCCGAGGCUGCGACAGAGAUCUCGGGCGCCUUGGACGUGGAGACCAAGUGGCUCAAGUCGAGGACGGCCUUCCAGCCCGUGGCCAGGAGACCCCAGAACCACCUGGACGCCGCUCUGGCUUCGCCGCCCCUCUCCUCUUAGCCCUUCCCUCCGUUAGACCGAUGUAAAAGCCCCCCGCGCCGUCCGCAUGCCCGUGUCCGGAAAAGACAACCCUCAUAACGGAACGAAAAGCCCCUUCCCCAUCACGGCCCCUCCCUCCCUUCCUCCCUCCCCGACCCCCGUGUCCGAGCCGCUUCUGCCCUCCCCCCCCCCCCCCGAUCAUCCGAGUGCGGGAGGUCUUGGGGAAAAUUCCGUGAGAAUUAGGUGUGUCGGAUAUUUUUUUUUUUGUAUAUACAGUUAAAAAAACAAUGUACAUACGUGUGAACCAGAUUGUACAAGAAAGUAUCUAUUUUUGGCUAAAUAAAUGAACGGUUGCCACUUUGA